CCUUCCUAAUCACAGCCUUUACUCACAGACAAACUCCCUCCCUCUUCCAUUCACUCACUCACUUAGGGCCAAUCGUUCUCUCUCUCUCUCUCUCUCUCUCUCUCUCUCUCUCUCUCUCUCUCCCUCCCUCUCCCUCUCCCUCUCCUCUCCUCUCUCCCUCCCUCCCUCUCUCAUCUCCCUCUCCCCCUUCUCUCCCUCUCUUUUCUCCCCCCUCUCUUCUUCCCCUGUCUCUCUCUCCCUCCCAUCCUCUCUCUGUCUCUGUCUGUCUGCCCCCCACCCUCUCCCUCCCUCCCUCUCUCUCUCCCUCCCUCUCUCCCUUCCUCCCUCCUCUCUUACUCCGAGACAGUCAGAACUCUCCUCCCUUACAGCCACAAACCUACAGCACUGACUGCAUUCAGAGAGGGAACCUGCAAACAAAACUUCACAGAAAACUUUUUGUUCUUGUUCCAGAGAAUUUGCUGAAGAGGAGAAGGAAAAAAAAAAAAAAAAACCCCCCCCCCUUAAAAAAAAAAAAAAAAAAACCUGUGCGUGAGGGGGGAGGAAAAGCAGGGCCUUUUAAAAAGGCAAUCACAACAACUUUUGCUGCCAGGAUGCCCUUGCUUUGGCUGAGAGGAUUUUUGUUGGCGAGUUGCUGGAUUAUAGUAAGGAGUUCCCCGACCCCAGGAUCCGAGGGGCAAAGUGCAGCCCCUGACUGCCCAUCCUGUGCGCUGGCCACCCUCCCAAAGGAUGUACCCAACCCUCAGCCGGAGAUGGUGGAGGCCGUCAAGAAGCACAUUUUAAACAUGCUGCACUUGAAGAAGAGACCCGAUGUCACCCAGCCGGUGCCCAAGGCAGCGCUUCUCAACGCUAUCAGAAAGCUUCAUGUGGGCAAAGUGGGGGAAAACGGGUAUGUGGAGAUAGAGGAUGACAUCGGAAGGAGGGCAGAAAUGAAUGAACUUAUGGAGCAGACCUCAGAGAUCAUCACGUUUGCAGAAUCAGGCACAGCCAAGAAGACGCUGCACUUUGAGAUUUCCAAAGAAGGCAGUGACCUGUCGGUGGUGGAGCGCGCAGAAGUCUGGCUCUUCCUGAAAGUCCCCAAGGCCAACAGAAACAGGACCAAAGUCACCAUCAAUCUCUUUCAGCAGCAGAAGCGGCCCCAGGGCGGCUUGGACGCAGGCGAGGAGGCAGAGGAGGGACUCACGGGGGAGAGGAGUGAGCAGUUGAUAUCAGAAAAGGUGGUGGACGCUAGGAAGAGCACGUGGCACAUCUUCCCCGUCUCCAGCAGCAUCCAGCGAUUGCUGGACCAGGGCAAAAGCUCCCUGGACAUUCGGAUUGCCUGUGAGCAGUGCCACGAGACCGGCGCCAGCCUUGUACUCCUGGGCAAGAAAAAGAAGAAAGAAGAGGAGGGUGAAGGCAAGAAGAAGGACAAGAAGGACGGAGAAGGAGGAGCAGGGGCAGACGAGGAGAAGGAGCAGUCCCACAGACCUUUCCUCAUGCUGCAGGCGCGGCAGUCGGAAGACCACCCUCACCGGCGGCGGCGGCGCGGCCUGGAGUGCGACGGCAGGGUCAACAUCUGCUGCAAGAAGCAAUUCUAUGUCAGUUUCAAGGACAUCGGCUGGAAUGACUGGAUCAUUGCCCCCUCUGGCUACCACGCCAACUACUGCGAGGGCGAGUGCCCAAGCCACAUAGCAGGCACGUCGGGGUCCUCCCUCUCCUUUCACUCGACGGUCAUCAACCACUACCGCAUGCGGGGCCACAGCCCCUUCGCCAACCUCAAGUCAUGCUGUGUGCCCACCAAACUGAGACCCAUGUCCAUGCUGUACUAUGAUGAUGGGCAGAACAUCAUCAAGAAGGACAUUCAGAACAUGAUAGUAGAGGAGUGUGGGUGCUCAUAGAGCUCCCUGGCCCCGGGGAAGGGAACAGAGUUGUCCAGAGAAGAAAGUGGCAAAAUGAAGAGAUUUUUAAGGUUUCUGAAGUAAACAACCAGAAAAUUAGAAAUUAAAAA